AUGGGCUACGUGAUCGGAAACAUUUAUGUCAUCACCACGGUGGCCGUCAUUGGCGGUGCCCUGUUUGGUUUUGACAUUGCGUCUAUGUCUGCCAUUCUUGGAACUCAGCAGUACAAAUGCUUCUUCAACCAGACCGGCCACGGCGAUGAUGGAUCGUGUGGUGGCCCGACAUCUUCCACCCAGGGUGGUAUCUCCGCCGCCAUGCCCGGUGGCUCUUUCGUGGGCGCGCUCAUCUCCGGUAUUCUUACUGACUGGUUAGGUCGCCGUCUCGCGAUCCAGACCGGCUCCGUGAUCUGGUGCAUUGGUAGCGCUAUUGUCUGCUCGUCAUUCAGCAUUGGACAACUGGUUGUCGGUCGGUUCAUCAAUGGCCUGUCCGUCGGAAUUCUGAGUGCGCAGGUCCCCGUCUAUGUCGCAGAGCUUGCACAACCGAGUAAACGUGGCCAGGUUGUUGGUGCUCAGCAGUGGGCCAUCACUUGGGGUAUCUUGAUUAUGUUCUAUAUCUCAUAUGGCAGUAGCUUCUUGGCGGGCCCUGCUGCCUGGCGUCUUCCCUGGGGUCUUCAAAUGAUCCCCGCGGUGUUCCUGUUCGGAAUGGUCUUCUUGCUCCCUGAAAGCCCGCGUUGGCUUGCAAAACAUGACCGCUGGGAGGAGGCCCAUGAGGUGUUGGCCCUCGUCCAUUCUAAGGGCGAUAAAAAUGCACCGUUUGUGCAAACCGAACUGCAAGAGAUUCGUGAGAUGGUGGAGUUCGAGCGCGCAAAUUCCGAUGCCUCUUAUCUGGAUCUUUUCAAAGGCAACAUGAUUUACAGAACUCAUAUCGGCAUGUUCACCCAAAUCUGGUCUCAACUCACCGGAAUGAACGUCAUGAUGCUCUACAUCACCUAUGUCUUUGGUAUGGCUGGCCUCUCAGGCAAUGCCAACCUGGUUGCUUCGUCUAUUCAAUAUGUUAUCAAUGUCGUGAUGACGAUUUUUGCCCUCCUUUUCAUCGACCGCUGGGGACGUCGCACGCCGCUCUUAGUUGGAUCUACCCUAAUGAUGACAUUUAUGUUUGCGAAUGGUGGCAUCAUGGCCUCCUAUGGUAAGCCGGCUCCGCCAGGGGGUCUGAAUCACACACCUGAGCAAUCCUGGGAUUUGAGUGAUGCUCCUUCGGCCGCAAAAGGCGUUAUUGCCUGUACCUAUCUUUUUGUGGCUAGUUUUGCACCAACAUGGGGUCCUGUUAGCUGGAUCUACCCUCCCGAGCUGUACCCCCUUCGUCUGCGCGGUAAGGCUGUGGCUGUUUCAACUGCCUCUAACUGGAUCUUCAACUUCGCUUUGUCAUACUUUGUGCCACCUGCCUUUGAGAACAUCAAAUGGAAGACCUACUUGGUCUUUGGUGUGUUCUGCUUUGCCAUGACAGUACACGUUUUCUUUGCUUUCCCCGAAACAGCCGGCAAGACUCUGGAAGAUGUUGAGACCAUGUUUAAUACGCCCGGCAUGAAGCCAUGGAAAACCACUGUGCAAUUCCAACAUGUACGAAAAUUGGAAACUGGAACACUUCAAUCUGAGAAACUUGCAGACCUCCAGGCUGAGUCUGGUACCCGAACGAGCGAGAAAGAGACCGCGACGGCGGCCCAAGUGGAGUAG